AUGGCCGACACUUUAAUCAAGGGAGAGCGAAAUCUUACCCGCGGUGAAUUGGAUAUGGAGGAUUUCUCGCAGAACAAUGCUCUUUUAUUCACACUAUGUGAACGUCGGAUUCAUCGUAUUCGAAAAAGAUAUCUGAGAGCAGUGAUGCGUCAGGAUAUGGCCUGGUUUGAUACUCAAGAAGUUGGAGCUUUAACGAAUGACGUUGGUGAUGAUGUUUACGGUACCGGUGCUUCUUGGGGCCAUGUUCGUCUCGGCAAAGGUGGGUCAUCUGAAACCUACGCGUAUUCAACGGCUGGUGGCUUAGCCAAUGAGGUUAUAGCCGGAAUUCGCACUGUUAUGGCGUUUAAUGCCCAACCAGCAGAGAUUCAUCGGUGA